AUGAUUAAAAGAUCAGGAGUUGAAGAAGAAGUUUCUGAAAUGGAUGACCUAUUAAAUCAUGUAAUUGGGAUGUCAAGAGAAUUUGCAUUUUUACCCUCUGUCAAGGGUAAAAGUCAAGCAAACAGCCACCAAGAGGGUAUAGCCAUAAGGGAAAAUGCAUUAAUAAAUAUAUUUGAUGACACAUCUACAAUUGAUGUUAAUGAAGAAAUAAUAGAGAGUGAGGGUCCAAAAAAUAAUGAGGAGCCAGGACCAAGUCGGAUACUGAAAGUUGAAGAUACACCAGGGAAAAAAAGGAGCAUUUUAACUCCCAUACGAAGACGAAAUGUUGGUUUAAAACAAUCAACCAUCGAAUAUCUACAAAAAAAAAUGAUCGCUGGUAUGAAAUCCGGAGUAGGGAACUGGCACUCCAAGAGAGGGAAACAAGUUUAA